CGAGAGUAAGGUAGUGAGGCAGUAGCCCCCGAGGGAACAGGGCGAAACCGCGUUAACAAUUAACUCUACAUAUUUUUUCUUUGCCUUUAGCACCAUGUGACUGAACUCAGCUUCUUCUCAUCUUUUCACUUCCCUUUCAUAUAGAUGUACAUCUAUAUAAAAGCUGUUCUUUUACUUGCUUCCAAUUCCUCUCUCUCUCUCUCUCUCUGUCUCUCUCCUUUUUCUUACAUGAACUUUAGACCCAAUCCAAGACUUGAAUCAUUGGAUCUCCAAUAUUAGAUCUUCAGGGCAAUAUCCUAGAGUUUCGCCGAUGGCUCCACUGAUGUACUUCAGUUUCCGUAAGUUACUUGCUUUAUUUGUGUUGAUUUCUAUGCUCCUUUGUGCCUCCAUUGAAAGUCUUGAGCUUCAGACCAAUCGCUUUGGUGCUAGAAGAAGAUUGCUAGAGCUUGAAGGAGAAGAAGACGAGCAGUUGUUGCUAAAGAAAAAGAGCUCCAGUUUAUCCACCAAUAACAACCAAAUCAAGCUCAUCAAAUCUUCAAACCUAUCCACCAAAAACCAGACCAAACUUUCCAAACCUGCCAAUUUAACAAAAGCAACAAAACUCUCUAGUACUCUUUUCAAGUCUGAACUCAAGAAGCUCAAUUCCACUUCCCUGUUAAAGAAGCUCAACUCCACUUCUCUCCUGAAGAAGAAACUCAAUUCCACUUUCCUGUUAAAGAAGCUCAACUUCACAUCAAAAGCCACAAACUCCUCCAAAACCACUUCACUUACCUCCAAAAAAACCUCGGAUCUACUCAAACUAAGCACAUCCAAGAACAAAACAACCACCAAACUCACUUCCAACAAAACACUGGCAGACAAAAAACUGACUGACCCUGAAUCUUCUAAACCUCAAAAGAACUCAAACAAAGAGAAAAACGCCGCAACCGAGAAACCAAAACAACAGAAAAAACAACCAAGCUGGAUUGAUCAGGAAGAUGAUUCUAAUUUGGUUGCGGAGUUCCGAGAUCUACCAACCAAGUUCCAGCAAACUCUUAUCCCAGACCUUGAAAAAAUCUCAACAGCCUCGAAAUCUUACAUAACCAAAUACAACAAACAAAUCACCAAACAAUUCAAACCAUAUGUCGGCAACCAACAUGCCCCUACCAUUGCCACUAUAAUCUCUUUUGCGUUCCUUUUAAUCCCAUUACUCUUAGUUUCCCUCAUAUUUAACCGCAUCAAAGCCUACUUUUCACUCCAAAAAAUCCUCAUUUUCAUCCAAGUUUAUCUCUCGAUUUACUUCUCCAUCCUUGGCCUCACUUCCCUCAUUACUGGGCUCGAGCCACUGAAGUUCUUCUACGCUACGUCGCCAUCCACCUACACCUGCUUACAGGUGCUUCAGACACUUGGAUACGUGCUCUACUUGUUGCUUCUUUUGAUGUAUCUGAUUCUUGUUUUCUCAACUGAGUCUGGACUCGGCUCCAAGUUGUUGGGUUUGGGCCAGAGUUUCGUGGGCUUCUCUGUCGGGCUACAUUACUACGUGGCGGUGUUUCAUAGGAUGGUUUUGCGUCAACCGCCCAAGACUAAUUGGAAGGUCCAUGGGAUGUAUGCCACGUGUUUCCUUGCGAUUUGUCUGUGUGCUGGAGCUGAUAGGAGAAAGAAGGCUUACUUGGAAGAAGGUGGUGAAGAGGGGAAGAAGAAUUAAUCAAUUAAUUUUUUUUUUAAGUACAUUAUUAUAAAUUUAGUUGGUCCAAAAAUUAUAGUACCCAUAAUCUCAGCCACUUAAAAUUUGUAGCAAUAAAGAACAAAAUUGUUUCAUAAAUGAGAUUGGCUGAGAAAUUUCCUGUUUGUUAAUUAUCAUUUUUUUAUUUUCCUUUUUAGUUUUAUAAUUUCUGCACUGUAAUGUUUUGUGGACAUUGUAACACCAUUGAGCAAUCAAAUAUGGUGUUAAUUAUCUUUAACUUCUUGAUUUAAUAAUCAAGAUAAUUUUUAAAAAAAUAUUAAAG